GAUAUCGCAUCGCUAAAUAUAAUACGAGGCACGCGGUUCUACUAACCGUCCGCCGCGGCACGCGAGGCGGCAUGACGACGGUGGCGGCGGUAGUCGCCGUUUGAGACCGUCGACGCUCGCACGACGUCGACCCUCCGUCGCCUUGGUCGACGACGAGGAAGCCUGCCGAGUACCACCGCGUCCACGACGGCCGGCCGUGGUAAACGGAGUGCCGGGCCUCUCCCAGGCGGGUGCCGUCCGCGAAUGGUGGGACUCUCCGAGUGCCGCGGGGUGAUUUGCGAUAUUUCGGACGCGAAGCGCCUCUUGGACCGGAAACCCGAUCGAUCGUCGCCGAAAGCCGUAGAGUGGAGCCGACCCGCAGAGCAGAGGAGAUCUUGAAUGCUUAGUUAGCGGCAGUUCCCCCGAGAGGCAUACGCAAUCCUUACAAAAGAAAAGAAAACGGAAGCGAUGAGUAUCCAGAAGCCAGAGGAUCUCUUGUCGGUUGUUAUAUCAAGCGAACUUCCACCGUCACCGAACUCCCGACAGCUGUUCAUAAAUCAAGAUCAACAGGAUGAAGAAGCGUCCGAUUGUCCCCUAUUAACACCAAGCCCACCGCCUAUCCAAACCGACGAGACUCUCCAGUCGACGCCGGUAUUCAAUGCACUGGAAGGAGCUCCACUAGAGAUGAUAUCCACGUCGACGCUCGAGAAUAUUAAUACGGAGGACGGGUUUAACUUCAUGAAUAUAGUGAACAGUUCGAGCAAACCUUUAAACGAUGAACCGAGUUCACGCGAUCCCAUGGUGGAGUCCACCAGCAGCGGUAGCAGCAGUGACACAAACGAACCCGUUUGCGCACAACUGUUGACACAAUUGAAUACUGCAUAUCAACAUCUCGCGCCAGACGCUCAAGCUCUAUUUUACAACCAGGAGAACGGUGGCAAGCCACCGCUCGUUGGGAUUCAACUGGUGGUGCCGAAGCCGCCGAAAGAUUAUCGCUUUAUGAAGUGGAACUGGCCCCUGAUACGGAAGACAUGCUACUGGUCAUUGAUGUCGAUCUUGACCGGAUGCGCCGCUCUCGUUAUCGGCAUUAUCGCCACAAUGCCUACGAAAUGCGACCCGCCGGUGGAGUGGUGGCAAGGCAGCACCUUCUACGAAAUAUUCCCGGCAUCCUUCCAGGACUCGACGAAGGGUGCCGACGGGAUCGGCGAUCUACGAGGAAUAAUUAUGCGGCUGGACUAUUUGAAAAAUCUCGGAGUACGGGCCGUCCGAUUGAAUUCGAUAUUCCCGGCUCCGCAUUACCCGGAGUAUUACUCGGACAUUAGCAACAUGACGGGGGUGAACAAGGAGUUGGGCACGUUGGACGACUUCGCCGUUCUCGUGCGCGAGAUCCACAGGCGAAACAUGAGCCUAGUCCUCGAUUUGCCGCUGUACCCGUUCGUGAAGCGCUCGAUUGAAGCGAAGACAAAUGAGACCGAACGUGCGCUGCGGGAGAGACGUGAUCUCGCGAGCAACGCGAUAAUUCAGGACGCACUGCCGUCCGCGCCGGCCGCGUCGGUCGAAGUUAUCCGCGAGGUCCUGUCGUCACCGCUGCAAAAGAGGGAAACGCUUCCAUCGAGUGAACAGGACCACCCGGUCAGCGAGGCCGUCAGGAUCUGGCAGGAGCGAGGAGUGGACGGCUUCUAUCUGAAGGGACUAGAGCAUUACGUCGAGGAGGACACAUUCGUGAGCAAUCUCAGAUAUUGGAGGUCUCUUCUACGUCCGGGCAGCAUCUUCAUCUGUCACGUGGCCGCCCUGGACGCCGCUACCUCCGCUGCCGCGAGGAACUCCAUCCUGUCCAGGAUAGAUUUGAUCGACGUGACCCUUCGUCUGGCGAACGGCACGAGGAACAUUAAGGCACAGAUCGAGAGCAUCACGAAGGGUGUGCUCUUCGACAAGUCCGCCUACCCGUGGAUCCAUUGGUCCGUAGGCGGCGUGGACACCAACAGAGUGGCCUCCACGGUGACCGUCAAGAACGCCAGCAUGGCGGCUUCUCUUCUCGGCAUGAUGCUACCCGGGACACCGAGUAUAUUCUACGGAGAUGAGAUAGGUAUCGAGGAUUGUGAAUGUCGGGAUCACAUGGAUUUGGUACACGUGCACAAUUUGGUUCCUAUGUACUGGGAGAAGGAAGAUGGCUCCGGUAGCAGUUUUUCGCCUUCAGGAGUUACCGCUUGGUUACCAGAGGCUGGAAAACCUUUGGAAACCAGUUUAAAAAGCACCGUUACAAAAAUGGCGAGGCUACGGAUGGAAGCGACACCGGUUUACGUCAAAGCCGUGUUAAGGGAGAGCCAAAUUACUGCGAAUUGUGACGUUAGGUAUGUGGAAGAUGAAAUGAUUGUGAUUGAGCGAUGGUAUCCACGAAGAAAUUCCUAUGUGUUCGUGGCCAAUUUUGGCAAUGAGACGCGUGUAAAGGAUUUGUCAUUCCUUUAUUACGGUGGUCACGUUGUUGUUGGACCAAGAAACAGAAUGAAUCGAAAUGUGUACUUCAAAGAACUUACCGUCCCCCCCGGAGAAGCAUUUGUUAUAAAAUUAGAUAAGUGAGAGACAGUUUCUUUUGCUUAAGCCUCAUAUAGAUUUUUAUCACUGGAUUAUAUUUUUUAACUUUCACUUUUGUCGUAUAAAACAAUCGCUACUGUCAUUUAAGACAAUUAAAAGUAAGUAUGAAUAUCUUACAACGAAAUACAAUUUUAUACAAUUUUACUUUUCAAAAUUUCAGAGAUAAAAAGUUUUUAAAUUAUAAAUUA